AUGGCACCUCCUCAAGAAGCUCUCGACUUUAUUGAGUUUGUCAAUGAGUCGCCAACUCCUUAUCAUGCCGUUCAGUCCGCCUCGGCUCGCUUCGAAAAGGCCGGUUUCAAGCUUAUCCGUGAGCGCGACUCUUGGGCUUCCACCCUCCGACCUGGCGGCAAAUACUACCUCACCCGCAAUGCUUCGACUAUCGUAGCCUUCACUAUCGGUCGAAAGUGGCGCCCUGGAAACCCUGUCGCCAUCAUUGGAGCCCAUACCGACUCUCCCUGUCUACGACUGAAGCCCGUAUCCAAGAAGAGCAACGUCGGUUACCUCCAGAUUGGCGUUGAGACAUAUGGCGGUGGUAUCUGGACCUCGUGGUUCGACCGUGACUUGAGUAUUGCCGGCCGUGUCCUGGUCAAGGAGGGUGACAACUUUGUUUCAAAGCUCGUCAAGGUUGACAAGCCUUUGGUCAGAAUCCCAACCCUCGCCAUUCACCUCCACCGACAGACCAACUUCGACCCCAACAAGGAGACCGAGCUUUUCCCCAUUGCAGGUCUUGUUGCAGCUGAGCUUAACAAGGGAACAAAGGAUGAGAAGCCCGAGGAGAAGAAGGAUGACAAUGAGGAAGAUGAGGAGUUCAGGCCACUCAAGGUCAUCACUGAGAGACACCACCCUCAGGUCCUUGACGUUAUUGCAGCUGAGGCAGGAGUCGAGGUCUCUGCGAUUGUAGACUUUGAACUGAUUCUCUACGAUACUCAAAAGUCAUGCAUCGGUGGUCUUAGCGACGAGUUUAUCUUUUCUCCUCGUCUCGAUAACCUUGGCAUGACAUACUGCUCCGUAGAGGGACUUAUCGAGUCCGUCAAGGAUGAGUCCUCGCUCGAGGAAGACAGCACCAUUCGAUUGAUCGUUUGCUUUGAUCACGAAGAGAUCGGCUCGACCUCAGCACAGGGUGCCAACUCCAACCUGUUGCCAUCAGUCAUCCGCCGUCUGUCUGUUCUUCCUGGAAAGGACACGGCCAGUGAAGGUAGCUAUGAGGCUGUCCACCACGAUAACGAGGAGGCUACAGCAUACGAGCAGACUCUAUCACGAUCUUUCCUCGUAUCUGCUGAUAUGGCCCACUCUGUGCAUCCCAACUAUGCUGGCAAAUACGAGUCUUCGCAUCAGCCAGCCAUGAACGGCGGAACUGUUAUCAAGAUCAACGCCAACCAGCGCUACGCUACCAACUCCCCAGGAAUAGUGCUCCUUCAGGAGUGUGCUCGUGCAGCUGGCGUUCCUCUCCAGCUCUUUGUCGUCCGCAACGAUUCGCCUUGCGGUAGCACCAUCGGACCCGGUCUCGCUGCCGCCCUUGGUAUGAGGACUCUGGACCUCGGAAACCCACAGCUCAGCAUGCACAGCAUUCGUGAGACGGGGGGUACUGCCGAUGUCGCCUACGGUAUCAAGCUGUUCAAGGGAUUCUUUGAGAACUAUGGAUCCCUGGAGCCCAAGAUUCUCAUCGAUUAA